AGAAAAAUAGGAAAAAAACUAAAACGGAUUCUUCAGACGCCCACGAGCUGAUCUGGUAACACUGUGAGCGUCAAGAGAAGUUAGUUGAAGAGGAAGAGCAGCACGAUGGCGUUCACCUCAGCGGUUCUCCUGCUCCUGUCUGCGGGUUUAUUCACGGUAACAGACGGCUCUGGAGAUGACUGUGAGAGCUACUUCACCAGCGAUAACGUGUACAAGCCUUCGUUUAGCUGCGGGGUUGGGAAACACUGCUGUGGAAACUGCCAUCUCAGAUACUGCUGCUCCUCUGAAUCUUCGAGGUUAUCCGAACAUGAGCAAGAUAUGUGCACUAUGCGAAGCACAGAAGACCUUGCUGUCCCUGAGAGCCCACCACUGCCUGAGAUGUAUCAAGGCAACAGAAUCGAUAGUAUUGUCAUUGGUUCAACAUUAGUAGGGGUUGUGGUCCUCAUCGUCUUUUUCAUCUGCUGCUGCUGCUGCUGCCCCUGCUGCUGUUUCUAUCAAAUGUGCAGAAAACCCAGACCUGUGGUACAAACACAUGUAACUACAGUCGUGAAUACACAAUCCAUUCAGCCGCAGCCGGUAAUGCAGGGAGGCCAGUACCCACAAUACCAACCAGUGCCGACUCAACCAGGUUACGGGGGUCAGCCUAUGCAGACAGCACCAUAUCAGGGACAGUCAUAUGCACCAGGACCCCCACCCUCGUAUCACGUGGCCAUGAAUCCUGGAUAUCCCACUACUCAGGGAGGUCAGGCCAUGUACCCCAUGCAGCAGCCCACCCAGCCGGUUCAUGCUCCUAUGCUUUCAGAGACAUCGAAACAGCCAGCUUACAACCCAGCCUACAUGCAGCCACCAAACACCGGUUACUAAACCACAACUGUCUGUAAAAUCAGUCAUUGCUGGAUUGUGGAGUUUGACGCACUUUCGCAAGGCAGUAAGAAUGUGCAUUAUACAAGACUCAACAUAGUUUUUUGAAAUUGUAAAUAAAACAGAACAAAGAUUAUUAUAGAAAGUUUCACGUGAAAAUACCAUUUCAGUCUUUCUACAAGCAAAGAGUGAAAAUUGUUUCUACAAUUUUUUUUUUAAAUGCAGUUUAAGAUUUAUAUUAGUGUUUUCUGCUUUCAGUAUUAGGUAUUCUAGUAUACACGGACAUACAAUAUAAAAUUAAAUGUACUAAAAAGACUAAUCUAAAUCUAUUAUUAUUUUUGUUAGUUAAUAUUCUUUAGUUACAGCUCAUGUAAUUCUGUUAUUGAGUUUUCAUAUUAAGUUUCAUUGUGUAGACCACAUAAAAAUGUUUUGUUUUUUUCCCUCAAUUUCAAAUGGCAGGAAGUGUGAUUCUAUUUAAAGAAAGUGUGAACUAGUUUUUUUCCUUUGAGGGUAUAAAUGCAACCGCAUUUGAAUAACAAUGAGUGUCACGAAAUUUCCACUGACAUUCUGUACCAACAAGUUUAAAUCCACAAACUCGCUUUUCAAGCACAGAAUGGCUGUUAAGGUAGGGAAAAUUGUUAAUUUUGUUAUAGCAAUCUUUAUUAAAGCAUUAGUAAACACCCGUCCAACAUUUGCAGUGCCUUUUCAGAUGUUUCAGUUGACUUUGCUUUUUUGAGAUGCAGCCUAUUUGUUUGAUGACUAUACAUUCUGAAUAUUUUUAAUUGCCGUUAUAUGUUUUUUUAUGUGUGAACGAUGUUCUCAACAUACUUUCAAACUCAACAUAGUCGUCCAAACCCUCUGUAGUUUGGACUGUCUUUUAUGCAAUGUUUGGUAAACUUGCAGCACUUGAAUGUACUUGGGUAAAAACUGUGUAAAUUAAAAAAAUGGUGUAAUAAAAAAGAAACAAUCUCUA